GAUGCUUGGGUCCGUACUCCGGCUGAGACCCGCAGCUGCGACUUCAGAGAAGCAUGGCUCGGUGGUACGUUUGCGGGCUCGCCCUGGCGGCUGCUGAGUUGCUGCUAAUUUUCGCCACUGUCUUCAGCGCCAAGGGCCUAAGGGGCAAGGAGUUUCAGGGGGCUUCGCGAAUCCCUUCCCAGUUCAGCGAAGAGGAGCGCGUCGCUAUGAAAGAGGCGCUGAAAGGUGCCAUCCGGAUUCCAACAGUGUCUUUUAACCACGAGAAGUCCAACACCACAGCUUUGGCUGAGUUUGGAGAAUACAUUCACAAAGUAUUUCCUACAGUGUUUAGCACCAACUUUAUCCAGCACGAAGUUGUGGAACAGUACAGCCACCUGUUCACUGUCCAAGGCUCAGACCCUAGCUUACAGCCCUACAUGCUGUUGGCUCAUUUUGAUGUGGUGCCUGCCCCUGAGGAAGGCUGGGAGGUGCCCCCAUUCUCUGGCCUGGAACGUGAUGGCUUCAUCCAUGGUCGGGGCACCCUGGACAACAAGAACUCUGUGAUGGCAAUCCUGCAGGCCUUGGAGCUCCUGCUAAUCAGGAACUACAUCCCACAGAGAUCUUUCUUCAUUGCUCUGGGCCAUGAUGAGGAGGUGUCAGGAACACGUGGGGCUCUGAAGAUCUCAGAGCUGCUACAGGCAAGGGGCAUCCAGGUAGCCUUUCUUGUGGACGAAUGUAGCUUCAUCUUUGAUGGUUUUAUUCCUAACCUCAAGAAGCCCUGUGCCAUGGUUUCAGUCACAGAAAAGGGUGCACUUGACCUCCUGCUGCAAGUAAACAUGACUCCAGGCCACUCUUCAGCUCCUCCAAAGGAGACAAGCAUUGGCAUCCUUGCAGCCGCUGUCAGCCGCCUGGAGAACACACCAAUGCCGAACAUGUUCGGAAGUGGGCCACUGAAGAUGACACUGGAGCAACUGGCAAAUGAGUUUCCCUUUCCUACCAAUAUAGUCUUGAAAAAUCUGUGGCUAUUUCGGCCCCUUGUCAGCAGGCUAAUGGAGAGAAAUUACAUAACCAAUACACUGGUCAGGACCACCACGGCUCUCACCAUGUUCAACGCAGGGGUCAAGGUGAAUGUCAUCCCCCCAGUUGCCCAGGCCUCAGUCAACUUCCGGAUUCACCCUGCACAAACAGUCCAUGAGGUCCUAGAACUUGUGAAGAACAUUGUGGCUGAUGAUCGAGUCCAGCUGCAUGUGUUGAGAGCCUUUGACCCCCUGCCCAUCAGCCCCUCUGAUGACAAGGCCCUAGGCUACCAGCUGCUCCGACAGACCAUACAGUCCAUCUUCCCGGAAGUCGAUAUUGUUGCCCCCGGUAUUUGUAUUGCCAACACAGACAGCCGACAUUACACCAACAUUACUGCUGGCAUCUAUCACUUCAACCCCGUCUACCUGCAACCUCAGGACUUCAGUAG